UUUAGCUUGAAGUUUCAGAUUAGUUCCAUGGCACCAAGAAACCAAACACAAUUUACGGAAUUUAUCCUCCUGGGAUUUUCUGAGAAACAGAAUCAGCAAGGGCCCCUCUUUGGACUAUUCUUGAGCAUAUACUUGGUCACAGUGAUUGGAAACUUGUUCAUAAUGUUGGCCAUUGGCUCUGACUCUCACCUCCACACUCCCAUGUAUUUUUUCCUUUCCAAUCUGUCCUUUGUGGAUAUCUGUGUGGUAACUACUACAGUCCCCAAGAUGUUAGUGAGCAUUUUGACACAAAACAAGACCAUUCCCUAUGCUGACUGUCUUGCCCAGAUGUACUUCUUUCUGGUUUUUGCUGGUUUGGACAAUUUCCUCCUCACUGCAAUGGCCUAUGACCGUUUUGUGGCUAUCUGUAAACCUUUACGUUAUGGAGCUAUUAUGAGCCCUGAGGUCUGUAGCUUACUGGUUCUCCUUUCCUGGAUAAUAAGCUUUCUAAAUUCCCUCCUUCACUGUCUCAUGGUAACAAGACUCUCCUUCUGUACAGAUUAUGAAAUUCAUCACUUCUUUUGUGAUCUUCCUCAGGUUCUGAAACUCUCUUGUUCCAACACUUUUAUCAAUAAUAUCUUAGUUUAUAUUGCGUCUAUACUGUUGGGUUUUCUCUCCCUCACAGGAAUCCUUUUCUCUUAUGUUCAAAUUUUUUCUUCCAUUUUGAAAGUCCCAUCAACUGGAGGUAAGUAUAAAGCCUUUUCUACCUGUGGAUCUCACCUCUCUGUUGUUUCCUUAUUCUAUGGCACAGGAAUUGGAGUAUAUUUGAGCUCCUCAAUUACCCACUCUUCCUGGAGGAGCACAGUUGCUUCAGCAAUGUAUGCUGUUAUCACCCCUAUGUUAAAUCCUUUCAUCUAUACACUAAGAAAUAAGGACAUAAGAGAUGCACUUAGGAGGCUCAUUAGCAGAAUAGCCUCCUCUCAGUGA